UCCAAAUCUCUCGCGUGUUUUAUCCGCAUUUCUUUCUCCGUCUGAAAUCUCUGGUUAUGUCAAACCCUAGAAGAAAACCGGCGACCUGAGAGGAAGAAGACGAAGUAUUUACGACGCCGUUUUGAUAUCCCCUUUCAGCCAUGCCUUCCCUGUAUCUUCUUCAUCGUCCUCCUUCCAAUCUUCACUUCAACAUACUCUCUUCCCAUACCCUCGUCGGCGCCAACCACACUUCAGCUCGAUUCUGCUCCCGUUAGAAUAGAUCUUGUUUUUUCCUCAAACCUUCACAAUAUAUAUACAUUAACAAACAAUGGAUCCACAUACAGUUACUAAACCCAAUUUGCUAAAAAACUUAUUGGUAAGGCUAUUCAUAUUCUGUCUUCUCGCAAUCGGUAUUCGAUUUGCUUACAUAGUCACCACUCGUGGUGAAUCCUGUGAUUCCGGCGAUUUCUGCUUCUUCUCCUCUCCAGAAAAUCAAAACUUACUCACUGGUGUUCAGGAAAAAAGUUCAUCUGCUAUUGUCGUUUCCGACGCCGUACUAUCCUCACCGGAGAAGACGCCAAACAUCUGGUCUACAAUUGACUGGAAAAACUCCGUCGAUUUCUAUUCCUCUGUAUUUCAGGAUCUUAUCGCCGACGGAUUUCUUUUACCCAAUUCAAAAUCUCUCUGCGUUGAAACAAUUCAUGGUGAGGAGGUUUACGCGUUGAAGGAAAUCGGAGUUUUGGAUUCAAUCGGUAUUUACAAGAAAGCUUCGAAGCCGUUGGUGAUUAAAGGUCAGGGUAAUAAUCAGCCUUUUAAAGAAAACACUUUUGAUUUCAUUUUCUCCGGCAAUACUUUCGCCGGAUUAGAUAGGUCUUUAAAACAGGGCGAAUUCGCCGAUGAAGUUUGUCGGACUUUGAAACCCGAAGGGUUUCUUGUCGUCCAUACUUUAUCAUCAAAAGAUACUUAUAGUUUCAAUUCAUUUAUUGAUUUAUUCAAUUGCUGUAAAUUCAUACGAACCCGUGAACUCGAAGGCACGCCAACUGUUCGAGAAAUUGUCAUGAAGAAAGUUAUUGGGUCUGUUUCUGUUUCUGUUUCUUCAGAUAAUAAUGAAUGUUCUGUUCCGGAUUAUAAGAAACAGUUAGUUCAGAAAGCUGAACCUUUGAUUAGAGAUGAACCAUUGAAGCCAUGGAUAACAUUGAAGAGAAAUAUCAAGAAUGUGAAGUAUUUGUCAUCAAUGGUUGACAUUAACUUUAAGCAAAGAUAUGUGUAUGUAGAUGUUGGAUCUCGAAGCUACGGUUCUAGUAUUGUUAGCUGGUUUAAGAAGCAAUACCCGAAACAGAACAAGACAUUCGAUAUUUAUGCAAUUGAAGCAGAUAAGGCUUUUCAUGAAGAGUAUAAGUUAAAGAAAGGUGUUACAUUGUUACCUUAUGCAGCUUGGGUGAAAAAUGAAACAUUAAUGUUUGAAGUUCCUGGUCGAGAUAAGGAACGAAAAGGAGAAGGAGGAGAAGAAGAACGAGGUAUGGGUAGGAUUAAGCCUGUUGAUCAGUCUUCUUCUACUACUACUAAUUCUUCUCUUGAUAAGAUUAGUGGGUUUGAUUUUGCGAAUUGGUUGAAGAUGAAUGUGAGGGAGAAAGAUUUUGUGGUUAUGAAAAUGGAUGUGGAAGGAACAGAAUUUGAAUUGAUUCCAAGGUUGUUUGAGACAGGUGCAAUAUGUUUGAUUGAUGAAAUAUUUCUUGAAUGUCAUUAUAAUAGGUGGCAGAAGUGUUGUCCUGGUGAGAGAUCAAACAAGUAUGAGAAAACUUAUGAUCAAUGUUUGGACCUUUUUACUUCUCUUAGACAAAGUGGGGUGAUGGUUCAUCAAUGGUGGUAGUAAGUGUAACACUAGUUUAUUGUGUUCUUUUUAAAGACAAUACUUUGUAAACCUACGGUUGGCAUCUUUUAAUAAAGGGUGUGUUAUGAUUUAUUGGUUGUUUAAUUUUAUAUCAAUGAUUCAAUA